UGGCCCGAGGUGGCCCGGCUGCUGGGUCGGAAACCGCGCAGUCCGACUCAUCAAGUCCGGGGUAUGGCGUCCCCACGGGAAUUGACCCAGAACCCCUUGAAGAAGAUCUGGAUGCCGUACAGCAAUGGGCGGCCCGCUCUGCACGCCUGCCAGCGCCGUGUUUGCAUGACCAACUGCCCAACGCUCAUUGUCAUGGUCGGCCUGCCCGCCCGGGGCAAGACCUACAUCUCUAAGAAGCUGACUCGCUACCUGAACUGGAUUGGUGUGCCCACCCGAGAAUUCAACGUUGGCCAGUAUCGCCGGGACAUGGUCAAGACGUACAAGUCUUUUGAGUUUUUCCUUCCAGACAAUGAAGAGGGCCUGAAGAUCAGGAAGCAGUGUGCACUGGCAGCCCUCCGUGACGUCCGGCGGUUCCUCAGUGAGGAGGGGGGCCAUGUGGCGGUUUUUGAUGCAACGAAUACCACCCGAGAACGGAGAGCGACCAUCUUUAAUUUUGGGGAGCAGAAUGGCUACAAGACCUUUUUUGUGGAGUCCAUCUGCGUGGAUCCCGAGGUCAUAGCUGCUAACAUCGUGCAAGUGAAACUGGGCAGCCCUGACUACGUGAACCACGACAGUGACGAGGCCACGGAAGAUUUCAUGCGGCGCAUUGAGUGCUAUGAGAACUCGUACGAGUCUCUGGAUGAGGACCUGGACAGGGAUCUGUCCUACAUCAAGAUCAUGGACGUGGGGCAGAGCUACGUGGUGAACCGCGUGGCCGACCACAUCCAGAGCCGCAUCGUGUACUACCUCAUGAACAUCCACGUGACCCCCCGCUCCAUCUACCUCUGCCGACACGGGGAAAGCGAGCUCAACCUCAAGGGCCGGAUUGGCGGGGACCCGGGCCUGUCCCCCCGGGGCAGGGAGUUUGCCAGAAGUCUGGCCCAGUUCAUCCGUGAUCAGAACAUAAAGGACCUGAAGGUCUGGACGAGCCAGAUGAAGAGGACCAUCCAGACAGCCGAGGCCCUGGGUGUGCCGUACGAGCAGUGGAAGGUCCUCAACGAGAUCGACGCGGGUGUCUGUGAGGAGAUGACCUACGAAGAAAUUCAAGAUCAUUAUCCAUUGGAAUUUGCCCUGCGGGACCAGGACAAGUACCGGUACCGGUACCCCAAGGGGGAGUCCUACGAGGACCUGGUCCAGCGCCUCGAGCCUGUCAUCAUGGAGCUGGAGAGGCAAGAGAAUGUGCUGGUCAUCUGUCACCAGGCCGUGAUGCGCUGUCUCCUGGCCUACUUCCUUGAUAAGGCGGCAGAGCAGCUGCCCUACCUCAAGUGUCCACUGCACACCGUCCUGAAGCUGACCCCUGUGGCUUACGGUUGUAAAGUGGAGUCCAUAUUCCUGAAUGUGAUGGCUGUGAACACGCACCGGGACAGGCCUCAGAAUGUAGACAUCUCGAGGCCACCGGAGGAAGCCCUCGUCACGGUCCCUGCUCACCAGUGACCGUGUCUCCUCCACUGCCACCCCCAGGCAGAUAUUGAGCUCUGCAGGUGCGGUCAUGACAGGCCCCCUGGCCCGUGUGACAGUUUCUCUGCUGGAACAUCCCAGAGGCCAUGCACUGGUCCCCCUGAUUCCUCAUCGAUGGUGACAGGGUUAGGCGCCGUGCCCGAUGGGCUGCUGUAAAGCUUUGGCCAGACUGGAUCUGCCCCGGGGGUGCCCCUUCCGUCCUGCCCCGCCGGGAACCGGAGAGCCGCCGAGGCCCGGCCGGCGUGUCGGAGCCGCUCGUGAACGCCGUGGGCUCACUUCAGCAAAAGCCCGCAGGGGGUGCGGCCCUUGUGGUCCCCCUUCUUGACCGUGCAUACGCUGGAACAUUUGGGGGAGCUGGCAGCCCAAGCCACCCCUGCCCCAUGGCUGUCCCGGUGAAAGGACAUGAAGUCGGGGUGGUCAUGUGAACUCCCUUUCCUGUGCCGACCCAGGUGCUCGAGGAAGAGGCUGCCAUCCCGCCUCUCCGUCCCUUACUGUGCCCCCCUUGCUACCUCUGCCCGUCACCGCUGUGUCUACACAGGAGCGGAGCCUAGUGGCCGAGAAAUGCAUUUGCUGUGAACCAUUCAGAGAAACAAGCCUGUCCUGGCA